AUGUUUCGUCUGAUACUGCCCUCAAUUGCACUGCUACUGAUCAUAUGUUCCAAUAGACACUCAGCGGUGGUCUCAGCCAUAGGAUUCUCUAUAGUGGGAUACAUUGCAACCGACUGGUUGAUUCCACGUGUAGGUCAGUCAUUCGUCAAGAUUGGUCUCUAUGGUAAGGACCAGAGUAAACCUGGGAAGCCCGUAAUCCCAGAGAGUGUUGGUGCUGUGUCUGCGACCGUUUAUCUAUUGGUGAUGUUCCUUUGUAUACCAUUCAUGUUUUACAAAUAUAUGGUAACAACAACCCCUGGUGGAGGAAUCCGUGGCGCAUCCAUCGAAGAGAAUGGUGAUCUUACUGGAAAUUUGUUCCCACACGGCAAGCUAUCUGAGUAUUUGAGCAGUAUCCUUUGUCUUGAGAGUACCUCGCUUUUAGGAAUUGCAGACGAUUUGUUCGAUUUACGUUGGAGGCAUAAGUUCUUUCUGCCUGCAAUUGGUGCUAUACCAUUGCUAAUCGUUUAUUAUGUGGAUUUUGGUGCUACACAUGUUUUGGUACCGACUUUUGUCCAACCAUGGGUCAAGAUGACGAAUAUAGAUCUAGGAUGGAUGUACUACGCAUAUAUGGUUUCGAUGACCAUCUUUUGCCCUAAUUCAAUAAACAUCCUAGCUGGUAUUAAUGGGUUGGAAGUUGGUCAAAGUAUUGUCCUUGGGAUUUUGGCGCUGAUAAAUGACGCAUUGUACUUGGCUAUGGGUCCCAACGCAUCCUGGGAGAGUCACAGAUUUUCUGCUGUAAUAAUUCUACCAUUUCUUGGUGUCAGUGCAGCACUUUGGAAAUGGAACCGCUGGCCAGCAAAAGUCUUUGUCGGUGAUACUUAUUGCUACUUUGCUGGUAUGGUAUUUGCUGUUGUUGGUAUCCUUGGUCAUUUCUCAAAGACAAUGUUGUUGCUAUUUCUCCCUCAGAUCUUCAACUUUGUCUAUUCAUGCCCACAAUUGUUCAACCUUGUUCCUUGUCCCAGACAUAGACUUCCCAGGUUCAAUGAUGCAGAUUGGCUACUAUAUCCAUCUAGAGCCAAUUUAAAAGACGAGCCACCAAAAGCAUUCUUCAAGCCAAUUUUAAGAGUCCUCCAUAAGUUGAAGCUCAUUGAUUUAGAAUUUGAAGGUGACAAGAUUGUUUCCUGUACAAAUAUGACACUAAUCAACCUGGCUUUAGUAUGGUUUGGACCCAUGAGAGAGGAUAAACUUUGUAAUUUACUGCUGGUGCUGCAAUUCUUCAUUGGGAUUGCCGCUAUUCUCACUAGACACGCGCUUGGUUUGUUACUCUUUGGUCAUGAUAAUCUUUGGGCAAUAGUUUAG